AUGGGAACUAUUCCUCAAAGUCAAAGCAAAGCAGGAUCGGAGGUUGGUUCUGAGUUCUGAAUCAGGGAGGCGACAGCUUAGAUCAAACAAGCUUAGCUCAACACCCAGAAGCCCUCUUCUAGAAUUCCUUUUUUUGUUUUCGUUUUUCAAAGAAUUACAAUGGUCUCAGCAUCAGUGACCAAGUAAGGAGCUGAAUCAUUUUUCUUGAAGACAUUCCAUUGGUCUUUUCUUUACCACCAAGUUCUUUGGAAUUGAGUUAUGUCCACAGCUGCUCUAAUUACUUUAGUUAGAAGCGGAGGGUUCCAGGUGAGAAGAAGAGCUCUGUUAACAUCACGUCUGCUGCAGGAUGACAAGAGAGUGACCUCCGCCAGCCCCAGCUCCACCUCUGAGCGAAGACUUUCUAGAUUCGAUCCCGACGGCAGUGGACGUCCAGCUACAUGGGACACUUUUGGGAUCUGGGAUAACCGCAUUGAUGAGCCUAUUCUUCUCCCUCCAAGCAUUAAGUAUGGAAAGCCAAUUCCAAAAAUUAGCCUGGAAAAUGUGGGCUGCUCCUCCCAGAUUGGAAAACGGAAAGAGAACGAGGACCGGUUUGGCUUUGCCCAGUUGACUGAUGAAGUUCUGUACUUUGCGGUGUAUGAUGGGCAUGGUGGAGCUGCAGCAGCUGACUUCUGCCACACACAUAUGGAAAAAUAUAUCAUAGAUUUCCUUACUAAGGAGAAGAAUUUGGAAACUGUGUUGACCAAUGCUUUCCUAGAAAUAGAUAACGCAUUUGCACGGCAAGCAUCCUUAUCUGCUGAUGGCACUUUGCUGACCUCUGGGACCACUGCAACAGUAGCCCUGCUGCGAGAUGGUAUUGAACUGGUCAUAGCUAGUGUUGGAGACAGCCGUGCUCUCCUGUGUAGAAAAGGAAAGCCCUUAAAACUGACCACAGACCAUACUCCAGAGAGAAAAGAUGAAAAAGAAAGGGUCAAGAAAUGUGGUGGCUUUGUAGCUUGGAACAGUUUGGGACAGCCACAUGUGAACGGCAGGCUUGCGAUGACAAGGAGCAUUGGAGACUUGGAUCUCAAAAACAGUGGUGUGAUCGCAGAACCUGAAACAAAAAGGAUUAAGCUGCAGCAUGCUGAUGAUAGCUUCCUGGUCCUCACGACAGAUGGAAUUAACUUCAUGGUAAAUAGUCAAGAGAUUUGUGACUUUGUCAAUCAGUGCCACGAUCCUAAUGAAGCAGCCCAUGUUGUUACCGAACAGGCCAUCCAGUACGGUACUGAAGACAAUAGCACCGCCGUGGUCGUGCCCUUCGGUGCCUGGGGAAAAUACAAAAGCUCCGACGUCAGCUUCUCCUUCAGCAGAAGCUUCGCCUCCAGCGGGCGCUGGGCGUAAUAGCUGGCGUUGGGCGUCUCUUUGAAGCUGAUGCCUACUGAGUGUUCUAGGAAACUGAACUAGAUUUACAAAAGAAAAAAGGCAAAAGGCCUGGGAACCAGGAUCAUCUUGUGGCUCAAUAAAUGAGUGCCUGCACUGCUUUUAUGUUUGGUAGCAUUUCCAUGUGUUGUUCCUAAGUACCACGGUUAUCAUCCCUGAGCUCCAACUCAACUUGUUUGCCCUAACAGUGUGGAUAAUCAGACUAACGUGAGUCCUUGUGUGCAGUGGGUAAAAGAAUCUCAUGAAAAAGACAAACAAACAACAAAGGGCUUGAUGUAACUGUGUGAACCAUUUUAUUUAUUUUUCGGACUCCUAGGCAGCUCUUGGUUUUCAAUGAUGAUUUUUGCUGCACAAGAUGAAACCUAAUUUUAUUGUGUUUCUUUGUUUAUUUGGUUGUGUGUAUGUUUGAACAUAUAAACAAUAUGUUAUGUAUACAGGUGACUUAAAAAAUAAUCUAAUAACAAAAUAUUGAUUACAAUAAGUACAGAAAAAUCCAGGCCUUCUUACUUCUCAUAAUGGCUUUUAAAAAUUCUGGCGCUGUAACUAACUGGCUAUUAGAACUGGAAAAACAUGGAAAUCAUUCAGAUGGAAAAUGAUUCAAACUGAAAGUAAGUUAUGAUAUUAUAAGCCCAGUUUUAUCUUUAUGAACAAUGGGCCUGUUUUUUCAAGUUAUUUGUUUGUUACGUGGGUCUCCUAUCAUCACUCAUUAUGUUUCCUGGGGGUGACAAAGAUACACAGUAUGUUUCUCAACCAAUCUAGGAAAAUAGACUCAAUAGGUCCUUUUGCCAGAAUAAUAUAAAGAGAAGUAUUGAAGGUCUUCAAUACUGUAUAUGAAACUUUCUGCUUUUAUCUCAAGUGUUUUAUAUGUAGAAUAUAUGUAUAUUCGCUUUUAUAUUGUGGAUAGUUUUUUGUGGGGGGAAAAAGAUGGACGUAGACAUUAUUAUGAGAUCUACUUAAUGGUAGUUUAUUUUUGCUCUUUUCUAAAUUAAAGUUAGAGCCUUAGUCUAAAGCAGAAAAAAAUGAAAACUUUCUCUUUAAAAUCCUGUUUGCUAUGUGACUUGCUAAUGUAAGUUUAUGGAUUUUUUUCUCUAUUGCUGGCUUCUUUUGAUAAGUAAAAGUACCAGAUAAAAAUGGUGGCAAGGGAGCAUGAUUAUCUCAGUCAGUUAUUUCUGCAUAUGUCUUGGAGUAUAUGUUGUCUAUAAGAAACUGUCUUUUUCUCUAAGUUAAAGUGUAUGAAUGUAUAUAUAUUUGGAAUAAUGCUUUUUCAUUGAAAGGGAACAAAAUCCUGUAUCCUUCACUGAUUUGGGUUAAACUCUUAAUAUAAUUUUCCCUUUGGAUUUAUAAUCCAGAGUCAGGGAUCACUAUAAGAGGACUGGAAGUGGAAAGGUUGGGUUUACUUUUCAUGAGUCAUUUAAGUGUUAGUGGUGUUUGGAAAUGAUUUACAAAAGUUAACUGAUUUAGAAAAAUAAAAAAGACAACUAAAAUGUUGAAGAUGCACUGACAUACUGAUAUCUCUUCAGGUGUUAAAGUAUUAUUAUGAAAUGCAUGAAAAAAAUAGUUCUAUAAGUCAGGAAAUGAAAUGAAGGUUAGAGUGUAAAAAGGAAAAAGACUUUUUAAAAAAAAGCCAAAAAGCCAUUGGCA